AUGGACCGCGGCGGCCCCGCAGGCAGCCCCCUGAUCUCCAGCAGCGAGCUCGCGCCCCCGGUAGCCGCAGCCCGAGACUUGAGCCCCGGACGGACCGGGCCGGGACCCUCGGGCCCAGGCGGCGGCGCGCGCUCGGGAGGCGGGCGGCCGGCGGCCGCGAACGCGGCGCGGGAGCGCAGCCGCGUGCAGACUCUGCGGCACGCCUUCCUGGAGCUGCAGCGCACGCUGCCGUCGGUGCCGCCGGACACAAAGCUGUCCAAGCUGGACGUGUUGCUGCUGGCCACCACCUAUAUUGCGCACCUCACCCGCAGCCUGCAGGACGACGCGGCGCCGGCGGACCCAGGACUGGGCUCCCUUCGCGGGGAUGGUUACCUACACCCGGUCAAGAAAUGGCCCAUGCGAUCAAGAUUGUACAUUGGUGCUACUGGUCAGUUUCUGAAGCAUCCUGUCUCUGGAGAAAAAACAAAUCAUGACAAUAUUCCAACUGACUCUCAGCCUUAGGCUCUCCCCUGAUGAGAGCUGGUAGAAAGUGAUGUUGUUGUUUUUAACUGAUAUGAAAUAACUAUAUUUAUUACAUCAGACAUAACAAGCAUUAUUUCUGAAAGUUUUCACGUGAAUCCAUAGUUGCAUAUUCUAAUUUGUCUAAUCUAAGUAAAUGUGGAAUGAUAUCCUCAGUCGAAUGUAAAAAUACACAGCUUGUCCAUUCAGUGUGAGAGAGUCAUUACUAUAAAUUGCAGGAGAAACUAAUGGGAAAAAAAAAAUCCAUAGGACAACAAAGAAUUGUGUACAUAGCCAAAGAAUACAUAUGUUUUCUGUAGUGUAUCUAUCACAAGCUCAUCUAUACAGUCUUCCUGGUUUAAAAAAAUAAAAACUGGGUUUGUAAAACACCAGUAUUUCAUUUUUGUGAAAACCAGCCUGUGCUUAAAAUUGGUCUAAGAAGCCAUUCCAGCUGGAAGUGCUAGAUCAUUUACUCAGUUUUAGCUGAAUAUAUGUGAAGACUAUUGAGCUAUAUGGUGACACAGUAACUUCUAUAACUGUUUUUCCCUCUUAGAAAACUUGUUUGGAAUAUUAGAAAUGGUUUGCUUCCUAGGACAAGUCUUGGCCACCUUCCUAGAGGAUUAUUAAAUAUCUUACUAUGUUUCCAGAUUAUGGAAGGCACUGGGCCUCCCUGCAACCCUGUGUGAACAGCAGAUGGUUGUCGCUGGGUAACAGGGUUUGCCCCCCUUCCUGCCCCCAGUCACUCCAUAUCCACCCUACUCUCAGGUCCUGGACCAGGUAAACAGGUUUAGCUGUAGCCCCUAGAGAGAGUGGCAUGUUCAGGCCUGUUGGGGGCCUCCAGUGAACCCCUUGACCUUCACAGUCACAACUUUGGCCAGGUUCCUUCUCCCCUUGUCAGCUGCUGUUCAAAGUGAACCUACCCGACCCUUAUGGAACAGGAGAAGUCCUUUCUGACUUGGGACUUCUGGGGCUGAUCUGUACCUUGAAGAGGUCUAAGGACACAGAGUGACCAUCCUGAGAUACAGGAUGCUCCGAUUUGGACCCACAAGCAGGAAAAGCCCUCUGCUCUGGGUCUCUCCCACUGCCCUGCACACAAAGUACCCAGGGAGCAGCUCUUUUGCCUGCCUGAACCAGUGGUUUCUGGCAGGAGCUUGAUGGUCUUAGCUGGGAAGUGGAGAUAUUUAUCAGGGAACACAGCGAAUCUCAAAACAACAGAGUGUAGUAGAGACACUUGUUUAAAAAAAGUAUUAGUCUCUUUUGUCAUCUUUGCUGAUUUAGAUUCCCUUAUAUCUCCCUUUCUUAUUUUUCUCCUCACUCUUUACUAUUUCACUGUCCAGGUGUAUAAAGGUCAUUCAUUUCUUGAUAACCCGCAAUUUUAAAGUUGCUUGGUUUGGUCCAAGAUUAUUAAAUAGAAAUGUGUAUGAAUGGCCUUGGUUGAAUUAAUAUAGCAGCUGAACCACCAUUUCAUUUCCUCCUCCAUUUAACUCCAGCUUUUGGCAGUAAAAUGAAAUAAAAGACUAUUUGAAGGCAAAGUUUAUUUGAGGAUGAU